GAACUUUCAAAGCAGCAACAUCUCUCCGCAGGAGGAAACGACCCCGGACCUCGAGAGCAGCCGGGCCCCCCCUUUAGACACCAUCUCGCCAGCACACACCACACGACGAGGACACACCAUCGCCGGUAGUAGUAGUAGCGAAGAAGAAGAAGCAGCAGCAGCUGUGAACCGUGUAGCAGUAGUGAGAGUGAGCGAGAACCAGUGAGAGUGAGUGAGUGAAACGCAAGAGUUCGCGGAAGAGACUUGAAGCACACACCGCGAUCCAACAACAACGACGAAGAAACAGUAGCAAAAGAAGAAGACAACGAAGACGACGGGCCGAUUUGAGAGCCGGGAGAGCGCCUGAGGAGCGUUGUAGAAAUCGCGAACUGUUUUUGGUGAUUUCGUGUGUGGGGCCCUCCCUUUUGUGGUUCAAAUUCGUGGCCACCGCGGCACGCACGCACGAACCACCUUCCCAAAAACCCCCACCCGUCCCCAUCAAUUCGAAGAGGAAGAAACGAGAGAACGAGAGACAGAGAAUGGCUCCGCAGGCUAUGACCGCGACGGUAAACGGACACUCGUCCGCCGCCUUGCCACCGGUGACACCGGCGGUUACCGGUGUGACGACCGCAGCAGCAGCAGUCACGGUAGUGAUGUCCUCUGCGGCCGGUGCCGGUGCCGGCCCCAUCCCGACAGCUACCACCGCCGCCACCCUAGCCGCCAACCUGCCCGGUAUCAAUCAGCUGGCCUGCGAGGAGAUCAUCUACGAGGAGCUGGACAAUCGGUUCGCCGAACCGGACCACCACAUGAUCAACGACGAGCGCAUCAUCCAGAACCUGAUCCGGCUGGAGCGGCUCACGAUACCGCACUGCAACUACUUCCUGGAGGUCCAGCAGGACAUCAAGCCCAACAUGCGCAAGAUCGUCACCACGUGGAUGCUAGAGGUUUGCGAUGAGCAAAAGUGCGAAGAGCAGACGUUUCCACUGGCCGUGAAUUUCUUCGAUCGGUUCCUGUGCGCCCUGCGGAUCGAUCGCUAUCACCUGCAGCUCCUUGGCUGCUGUGCCCUGCUGUUGGCCUCCAAGAUUCGCCAGUGUCAACCAUUGACGGUCGAUGUGCUAAGCGCCUACACCGACCAUGCGGUUUCGCCCGAUCAGAUAAGGAGCUGGGAGUUGCUGUUGAUCUCGAAGCUCGAGUGGAACAUCAACGCGGUAACGGCUUUCGAUUACGUCGAUCACAUCCUGGAGCGUGCCAAGUGGGGCUCCGAUGAUUCCCGGCUGCGCGAGCAUGCGCACACGCUCAUCCACGUCUGCAAUACCGAAACCAUCUUUAUGCAAUUGGAACCUUCGCUGCUUGCGGUGGCCUGCAUCGCGUCGGCAACACGAGGACUCAACGUGUCGACCAAGCUCGCCGUCGGCUACGACCUGUGCCGGCUGACGAUGCACGAUCUGAACAAGAUUGAUUUCGUGGUGAAAAUCAUCGAAGAGAUUGUGGCCCGCGAGAUCGCCGACAAGCAGUGCCAACAGCAGCAGCAACAGCAACAGCAAGCCGCCCAACAGCACCAGCAGCAGCUGGCGGUGGCGGCUGGCAGCAGUUGCAAGGAGCAGUAUCAGCAGGCCCCCCAGAAGCUGUCCUCGGCGACCGCUACCAGCAAUGGCGGCGGUCCGCCACAACAGCAGCAACCGGAAACGCCGACCGAUGUGCAGUACAUCUACUUCUAAGUCGCCGCGCACUCGCCAUUACCAUUAGGCCAUGCGAUGCGCCGCCACCGCCGCCGCCGUUCCUACCAUUCUCGAUCCAGCUUCGUUUAGUUCUUCUUCGUUUGGAACCAGCGACAUCAAAACACACGGUAUCGACCCAAUUUCGAUAGAAGAAGAGACAUACCGUCUCUCUAUCGCAUAUGCUACUAUCACACAUCUACACGUUUACCUGGAAGUGCCGAUCGCCGCCACCAUCGUUGUCGUCCAACUAGCACUGCUCCCAGGAACGCUCCCGCUCGCGCACACUACCCCCUCGAGAUGUCUUUAGCGAUAACGUGUAGCAAACCUAACCCUGCUUAGCCACACGGUUAAUAUCCCUUUUGUAAAUAUUCAAUAUCCUUUUCCUAUCACUUCCGGUGGGGGGGGGGCGACUAGCGUUGGAUGUGGGUUAAGGAGAUAUAUUUAGCUUCUUCAAGGUGUUACCCAACAACAACGCGCCUAUGAAAAUGCUAAAGAAUUCCCCCUUUCCCUCUGAAACCGCGACACCACCCAUCAUCGAGAGGGCGGUUACACAAAGUAUAUAUGGAGGCGCCUGACAGACCCAUUCUUCUUUGCCGUUUUACUGCCUCACGAUCGCCGUGCCGAGAGAGAGAGAGAGAGAGAGAGAGAGAGAGCCGCCAUCACCUCGAUGUUUGCGCGAUAACGAGCUCUCCAUGAGAGGUGGAGGCGCGCACUGUGCGACAAUGUAAAAAGAUAGUUUUGUUAAAGAGUUACACAGCGCGCGCGGAAGUUAGUUGGCGCAUGAUGUGACGAUAGGCAGAGAGGGAGAGAAAGAGCGCGCGAAAGUAAACACGUAGCAUGGACAGGGUAGGGGACGCGCAACAGCUCCAUCACCUUAGACACACGCUGCGCUGCGCGCGGUAAUAGAGCAUUUAAAGGCCUCUCGAGCAAGAUAAGGUAGAAAGCGAAAGACAGAGGGAGAAGGGGGGGUAUGUUGCGAUCGUGACACCACUACCAUCACGGACAGUAGUAGCACCCAGAAGGAAGAGCAGCUGAUAAGAUGUUGGCACUUUUUCUACUUCUUUCAUCGCCUUCCGUUUGGCUUUGAUAACGAUGAGGUGUAGAACCGAAGGUGAUGAUGCCUGAUGGGAUGGGUGUGUGUGUGUGUAGCAGAUAUCUGUGACGACGAGCCAUACAAACGUGAGACGAUACAGUGGGAAAAGAGAGAGAGAGAGAGAGAGAGAGAGAGAGAGAGAGAGAGAGAGCGGGAGAGAUGGGUGAAAGGAACAAGGGAAGGUGGCACCACGGCUUGUCGCGAACUGUAAAUAUUAGCCGCUAUCUCAGCGAUAAGUAGUGGAGUGUGGCCUAUGGUAUAGUGUACGUCAUCGAUCAGCGUGAGCUUUGCUGGUUCUGGGGCUGAUUGUCGUGGCGCAACACAUCAAGCAUUCGAUUUUUCUUGCUCUUGUUCUCUUUUCUUCUAUCACCUUUUUUUUCAUGAAACAAAACAAGAAAGCAACAUGCUUAUUCUAGUACGAUUGUUGAGUUAUCUGUUUUUUUUCUAUUUCAUUUUUAUUAACUAUGCGCACCUUCAUUUUGCUCUUCAUUAUUCAUACUGUAAACUCCCCCAUCAUUCCUGUUUCUACGUUUAUUACUUUCUCUGUUCAUCUCGCCAUUAAUUCACUUGGUUGAGUUUUGGUUGAUGCACUUGGUUGAAUUAAAAAAAGAAAACUAGAAGUUUUACCUGUAAAAAGAAGAGAACAGAACGGAGAGGAUGGUACAAGCUAAAGGAUAGGUUUAGUAAUUUGUUAAGAAAAUGUGACAAAACACUUGAAAAAGGAAAAAUCAGAAGUGGAAAAAAAACUAAUAUAAAACAAUGAAAUGCAAAAAACAAAUGGAAACCAGAUACGCUUUUGAGAGAGAGAGUAAGGAGAUGGUUAAGAAAUAGGUCUAAUGGGAAACUGUUGUUCGUACAGAUACAAACACUAGCGCCGCAGUAGCCAGAAUAGCGAAGCGAAGUCGGUACCAGAGAAGUGCGCCUGUUAUAAUCACCUUCUUCGGACACCUUAAUCGAACAGUGAGCUACUUUUUUCAUACUCACUUACUUUCUAUUCUUCAUAUUCCCAUCGAUUCCGGCAAAUGAGGUCUAAAACAAUCCUUGAAAUACGUCCAUCAGAAAACCCCGAUACGACCAGCCUAAUCAUAGAGCGAUGAAUGAAGGGCACCAGUGCGAGGAUCGCGGCAAAAUGGUACUAGCGGGCAUGCCACCGAGAUAUGAAACAAACACAAACUUGGAAUGCAACGAAAGUUAUACAACGAAGCACGAAGUUAUAAUCCUACACUCUUGCGCUAGAAAACGAGAGACUAGAAAUCGCAAAUGCGUCCAACGAAAUGAUAAAACAAGUCACGCACAUACUAUUACUACUACUGCUUCUGCCGGCCGUUUCACUGGAGAGAAUAGGAGACACACAACAGAUGGGAAUUAGAACGCGUUAAGUUUUUAGAAUGUAACUGUUUUUUUUUCUCUUUGCCAAAGAUGUAAAACCAGAUGUAAGAAGAGGGAGGGGGAGGGUACGAAACAUAGAAUUUGAUAGGAAAACGGUCGCGCGAUUGAGAGAGAGUGUGAGUGAGUGAGCAAUAUGGAUGCGAAUUGAAUGUGUGAAAUGAAUGUGUAUGUUUGAAUGUGAAAAGGUUAAUUUUAGAAUAAGGGAUGGAUUUCAGUACUGAAUUGUACAGAACGAUGAAUACACUCUAGAAUGCAACACCUUGUGAGAGCUCUAUUGCUAGAAUAUAUAAGGACAGUCGUUUAGACAAUUAAUCGAUGAUGGUGCAUUUGCGGAAGGCUAGAAAGGAGGGAGGGGGGAGGGAGAUGCUGCCAAAACUACAAAAUACGCUCGAGCGAUGCCAUUACAUCAGAGACACAAACUAUCCAGUUUAGUUAGCGUACCGAACACUACUUACAAAAGAGUUGCAGGAACAUACAAACUACUUCAUAUGAUUUGCAUUUAUUCGUAAAGUUCAGCGAUAGUUCAAGAGCGAGUAUAGCUAGGAGAUAAACAAAGCAGAAAAGAAGGGCAUUUUUGUGAAACGCAUUUUCUUCGCAAGCUGCCACCAUCACCACCACCAACUCUUGCUUGACGCAUUAUCAGGGGAGGAAGGGAGGGAAGACCUUCGGAAAACCCCCCAGUUUUUGUAAAUUUAGUUCCGAGUUUUAGGGUAUUUGUUCCGUUCGAUCGGGCGCGAUCGAAUAAUAGUUUAGGGCCGAGCGAUCUCAUUACUUGAUGGAAGCGAGUUAAGACUAUAUACACACGCACACGAGAGAGAGAGUGGAGGACAGGGAGAUCUAUGGCAGGACCUGCAUAGAAGCGCAUACGCACAGUCUGUACAUACAUGAAUCUAGGGUGUUUGUCGACAUUUAAAAUAAGGAGUAAUCCUUAGAGAGAACCUAGCGCUUAAGGGGGGAGAGUAGAGUAGAAGCAGCAGAAGUGUGAACAAAUUAUAUGGACGGAUUGAAUGAAGAUCAGGCUUCGCGAGCGAGAGUGGUGCUGCUUGCGAGCAAAUGGGGAAGGUGCGGGGAGGGGGAAGAGAAGCUACUUAAGAGGAGGUUGGCAUGCGCCAGUUUUGGGAUGUUUUCUUAUUCAGUUUUUUUUAUUGCUCAGUGAAAGCUCGUUGAUGAAUCCCGUUGAACUUGUUUGUUUGCUUCCCGCUCUUCUCGUUACAGUUCAUUUUUGUCCAUCUACCCCAUCUUUUUGUUAAUCUAGUCUUAAUUAAGAGAAUUUAUAACCUAUUUAUACGAUUGGAGAGAAUCGCGACUAAAAAGAAAUCUGGAGUAGCAGCAGCAGCAACAAUGGCUCGCACGACGAUGCAUAUUAAUACCAAAAUUGUCCGCACAAAUGCAACACGCCGUGUGCUGCCCGGUAGAGAGGGAAAAGGGUGAAGCGGAUUUCCCGUACAAGGAUAAAAUGAACUGCUUAUUUAAGGUCCUUUCCCACUAGUUAGGGAAGAUUUCUUAGAAGCCCAUAUUAGCGCAAGAUGAGGAUUUAAAGAAACAUGAAUUCCUACAAAAACCACACACCACAGGCGCAUCCAACAUGAAGAUGCUCGAUCCGCGCGCGAGCACCGUUCGUCAUUAGAAUUUAUGUACGUGAAGUUUGAAUCGAUUUCUUUAUCUAUAGAACGCUACAUGUAUCGGACAGUUUUUAGUAGUUUCGUGCGCGCGCGCGCACAGGACACAGAAAAGUUGGAAUUGUUUGGUGCGCUCCUCGAGAGUUUAAUGUUAAGUUUACCGUUAAUGCACUUCAUAGCUUAGGAAGCCGCUUAGCUUAGCGUUCAGGCCGAGCCGAGAGAGGAUUACUAGAUAGAGAAGGAAAAGACACAAGGGAAAACAAAAAGGUAGAGGAAAAGUUCCAUCAGGGCCAGAAAAUUCCCAGGUGUAUCCUUGUUGUGUGCGCUUGUUCACACGCCAUGAGGCGCAAACUGCGGCUGCGGGUUGACUAUACACGACCCAGCAGCACCCAACAGCAGGAGGAGCAGGAGAUCGGGCUUCUCCUCGUGUCGGUUUCAUGUCAGCAUAUUUUUUAUUACUAUUACUUCUUUCGUUUGCUAGUAAGUGAAAACAGUGAACAAUAAAAUGUUUGAAA